GUCGAUUGAUUAACGAUGGUUUCGAUACUUUGGUCUCAGUUGAGAUCGAUGUUGAUCAAAGGUCAACUGGUUCGACAACGACAUUUUAUAAUCACUCUACUUGAAUUGUUUCUUCCCAUUUUAUGUGUUCUUAUUCAAUUGAAUAUAAAAGAUGAACUUCUAGACAUCGCAGGAGAAGCAGUCCAGAGGAUGACCUCUCAUGAUGAUAUGGACUCCAAAAGUGACCAUUAUUUCAAUCAGACUUUCAUCUGUGAUUAUGAAUCAAAGACCUUUUAUUAUACCUCCCGUGAUCCAGUGGUCAGUCAAAUUUGGACUCCAGAAUAUUACACUUGUGACAUAGACACAUUGUUACUUAAUACUUCGGACCAAGUGAUUUACGCUUGGGGAACGGUCAUGAUGAUACCGUUCGUGAGUGGAUCGGUUAAUAAUGUUGCUCUUUUUUUCGACUAUUUUGACCCUGAGAAAGCGAAUGUAUCUUACAUUGUAGGUGGUCACUCGAUCGACUAUGCUCGACCAUGGGGUCAACCUAAUUAUAAAACUUACGAUGAUUAUAUAAGAGCACAAUCGAUUGUGAAUAUUUUAUUGGCCUAUUAUCCGAAUCAUAAUGAUCUGACUACUGAAGAUUUUCAGUACUUUUAUACUACUAAACUGUUCAAUGAGGGUAACCCUUUGAUUGAUCGAACGACUAAUUCGCAUGAAAAUUAUUUUAUUGAACAAAUUCGUAGAUUAGUCACUUCUUUGCCCUUUUAUAAAUCUUAUGUUUAUAUUGAGAUUGGAUUUCUUUUCUUGUCAACUUUGAUCAUUCGUCGGAUUGUCCAAGAAAAAUGUACCAAUACAAAGGAGCUAUUGAGGAUCAUGGGACUGAGCGAUCUAACUUAUUGGUUGUCACACUUCAUCAAUUAUUGGCUACUUUCCGUUUUCCAUGGAACAAUAAUUACGAUUCUUUACUCGAUGCAUGAUGAGAACCCAUUUUCUGGUUGGAAUCCGAGUCUAUUCUGGUUCAAUUAUGUUACGAAUAGUGUGACCACAAUCCUUUUCUCGUUUGCCAUGACCCCAAUUCUUUCUGGUCCAAUCAUCGGUAUGCUGGUUGUUGUCGUCGUAAGAGUUAUUUUAGCAUAUUUACCAUUUCAUGCAUCAGCUGCUACAGUCGGGAUGUCACCCAAAAUUUGGGCUAGUCUACAGCCCAGCGGUCAAGUAUUCUUUUCAAUUUAUGAUUUUCAUCUUGGUCUGGACAAAGAAGGGGUUAAAUGGGCACAUGUGUUCUCAUCCACUGGAAUGUCCGAUACCUUAGACCUUUGGUUAAUCUAUUUGAUAACAAUCUUUUCAUGGUUCCUUUACAUUGUACUGAUUUGGUACCUCGACGCUGUAUGGCCAUGGCAAAAUGGAACACCCAAACCUUGGCAUUUUCCAAUUUCUCAAUUUUUUCCAUACACAAGGAUAGAAAUUGGUUCAGCAUCAACAAGAAUUGGUGAAAGUUCAAAUGAAAAUAACGAAAGUGAACCAGUAGACUUAAUUUCACAAAUUCGAUGUGUGAACUUGUACAAAUCAUUUAGCUCUAGAAAAUUUGUAGUCGAUGGACUUGAUCUAAAUAUUUACAAGGGUCAAAUAACUGUUCUCUUAGGUCAUAAUGGUGCUGGUAAAACGACCACAAUGUCCAUGAUCACUGGAAUAUUAAAACCUUCGUCUGGUAACAUUUAUGUCAAUGGAAUUGAUGUUCAUAAGAAUACGGUAGCUGCUCGUCGAUGUCUCGCUUUGUGUCCUCAACAUGAUUUACUAUUCGAAGAUCUCACUGUUCGAGAGAAUCUAGAGCUUUGCGGUGGACUUCGAGGAUUAAGUCGACAGGUCAAGAAAGAACUAAUUCCAUUGAAUAUGAAACGAGUAAAUUUAACAGAAAAAUCAAACACAUUAGCCAGUAAUUUAUCGGGUGGAAUGAGACGUCGUCUUCAAUUGGCCUUGGCUCUUUCGACGGCAUCAGAAAUAUUGAUUCUCGACGAGCCAACAUCAGGUUUAGAUCCAGAGUCUCGAAGACAAUUGUGGGAUCUUUUGUUAGAACUGAGAAAAGACUUGACAAUAUUAUUGACAACUCAUUUUAUGGAAGAAGCUGAUGCAUUGGGAGAUCGUAUAAUUAUCAUGGGCUCAGGAAAAGUAAAAUGUUCAGGAUCAUCGAUGUUUCUUAAGAAACAAUUCGGAGCUGGGUAUAAAAUUAGAAUCGCGAAAGACGCAGAUGCUUAUAAUCCUGAUCAAUUAUCAAACGAGAUUCUAAGCUAUUUCGAAUCUGCAGAAAAAGUCAGUGAAACAUCUCAAGAGAUCAUCUUUCAGCUCGGUUCAAACAGAGACGAAGAAUCAUCAUCCUCUCUUAUGGAUUUAUGCGAAUCUCUUGACGGUGACCUUUCCUCUUUUGGCAUUACUUCUUAUAGUAUAUCGUUAACAACGCUUGAAGACGUUUUCAUCAAGGUUACUGAAAAUGAUGGUGAAGGCAGAAAGAUGUCAAUAUCAAUGGAGGAUAAAUUGUUUGAAGUGGACAAGAUACAAGACUAUCAGAAAUCAACUGGAUUAUCCUUAAUUAUCCAAAGAUCAAGAGGGUUAAUUAUGAAACGUUUUCAUUUUACCAAACGACAUUUUAAGACAAUCGGCUACUCCAUCAUUGGCCCAGCGAUAUUAUUUUUCUUUACAUUUUUCGCUUCUCGAGGUGCUAAGAACGCAAUUGUAAAUAUAGACCAUGAUUAUCCUGAACCAAUACCUAUGGACGUUAAAAUGUUUUAUGGAUCUGAUGCUAAGUCCAUAAUCCGAGCCUCGUUUAAUAAUUAUUCACCAUUUAUUGAUUCUUAUCGCCAAAUUAUGAGUGAAUCUGGAAUCCAAGUGAUUGAAAUCAACUCUUCGAUUUCAUUAGAUGAUUAUUUUAAAACGAGUUCCCAAAAUCGUGAACAGUUCAUGAGAGAAAAUAUCUUUGGUAUUAUUGAAGAUUCAUCGAAACCAAGAGGAUUCGCUGCUUGGCUUAACCCGAAAGCGGCCUUAUCUCUACCGUUGUCAAUCAGUGCCUGGCAAAAUGCACUGAUACGUAGUCUUGGUGAUGGAAAACGGAAUCAGUCCAAAGUCUCAGUAACUUACAAAUCGAUGCCCAAUCGACAUACUUUUGAACCUUUCUUAGCAAUGGGUUUGACUAGAGCUGUAUCAGCCGUUUUCUCCCCCAUUGGCUUCUGUCUGAUCGCUGCUACUUACUUCCUGUUUCCAUCAAUCGAGUCUCAGAAUAAGUUUAAUUUAAUCCAGAAAAUGAACGGUAUAAGCCCUUCGAUGUUUUGGUUAAGUCAUUACACUUUCGAUUUCUUUUAUCAUCUAAUUGUAACAAUUGUUAUUUUCAUUUCGAUUAUGCUUGUUGAUCAAACUCUACUGGCAUCGAUUCAGGCUACUACAUCUUUCUUCGUUUUAAUGGUACUUUUUGGUCUCGCAUCGAUCCCAUUAUUUUAUAUUUUCUCAUUUUUACCUUUGAAACCUGAUCGAGGGUUUUCAUUAAUUGGAGCGAUUUCACUCAUUGGUACUCUUGUCGGUUCAGGAUUAGCAUCUUACAUGACGGUGUUGAAGGAUGAAAAUAUAGCCGAUUAUGUGAGAGCUGGAUGCUUAUUUCCACCCUUCGCAGCCUCUUUUGGACUUUCGAAAAUGUAUUCCUCUGUAACUUUAGAGCUAAACUGUGAAGGUGCUUGUACUCAUGGGAAUAUUGUCUCUCGAAUAUUUUGUUGUGAAACUGAUUUGAGUUACAAGCAAUUUAGUAUUUUAUCAACUGGAAAUCGUGGAAUAAGGACUGAAAUAAUCAUGCUUAUGAUUGACGCUAUUGUUUAUACAUUAUUGCUUAUCCUUCUUGAUGCUAAUUUUCAUCGAUUUAAAUAUUGCUACAAUUGUGUAAGGAAAUUAUUUUCUCGAAAACGAAAGUCACAAAAUGGUGUUGAAGAUGAAGAUGUAGUACGAGAAAGAGAUCGAGUAAAACAAUUGAUUGGUUCAAAUGGAAUACGAAAUGAAGCUUUAAUUGUUGAUGGUUUAACUAAAGAUUUUGGUUCAUUUCGAGCUGUUGAUAUGAUUACUUUCGGUGUACAUAAAGCAGAGUGUUUUGGUUUGUUGGGUGUUAAUGGUGCAGGUAAAACAACAACAUUCCGAAUGUUAACUGGAGAUAUUAUGGUUACUUCGGGAGAUGGUUAUGUGGGAGGAUAUUCAUUGCGAAAAGAUUUACUCAAUUUCCAACAAUCAAUAAGUUAUUGUCCACAAUUUGAUGCGCUACUUGACAAUUUAACUCCAGUGGAAAGUUUAAUGUUAUUUGCACGAAUCAGGGGAAUGCCUGAAAGUAAAGUAAAGGAUAAUGUAAAUUAUAUAAUUGAAUCAACUGAUUUAACUUCAUUCGCCAACACAUGUAAUCAGAAUCUAAGUGGUGGUAAUAAGAGGAAAUUAUCAUUGGCCAUUGCAUCUAUUGCUAAACCAGAGGUGAUUUUCUUGGAUGAACCAACCACAGGUGUAGAUCCAGCAUCGAGACGGAAAAUAUGGUCCACAUUGAUUCAUCUUCGUGAUACAAGUGGAUCAUCAAUUGUACUAACCAGUCACUCUAUGGAUGAAUGUGAAGCCUUAUGUUCACGAAUCGGUAUAAUGGCUCGAGGCAAUUUCAAGUGUCUUGGUUCAUCUCAACAUUUAAAAGAAAAGUUUGGACUUGGAUUUACAUUGAUAAUUAAAAUGACUCAAUCCAAUCAACAAUCCAAUCAAUCUGUCCAAUCCAAUCAACAAUCACAAUUGGAUAAAAUUAAAAGAUGGAUGGUCGAGAAAUUCCCUUCGUCCAUUUUGAGAGAUGUUCAUCAAACUAUUCUUCAUUAUCAUAUAACGGACACUUCACUUCGUUGGGGUGAAAUGUUGAGGUGUUUAGAUGAAGCAAAACGAUUAUUGCCCAUUGAAGAUUUUACUUUAACUGGAACAACAUUAGAACAAAUUUUCUUAUCAUUUGCUAAGCAAACUUAACUUUAAUUAUUCUCAUUACAGUUUCAUAUUUUAACGUCAAUUUUUUUGUAAACCCAUCUAAUCAAUAAAAAUCUAAGACUCACUAAGAUCCAUA